AUGCUACCAUGUGAAGGAGUCUUUAAAAAAGCUACCGCUACUUUUAUAAUUGGGAACAAUGAGCUUUGCGGCGGAUUGCCAGAAUUUUACCUCCCCAACUGCAUCUCCAAAAGCUCUACGAGUAGAAAGAUCAAUGUAAUGAUAUUGUCCGCUUCUGUUAUUUUCAGAGUUCUUGGAAUAGCUUUUAUUCUAGCUUUUAUAUAUCUCUGUUGGUUGAAGAAGAAAGUAAAUGAACAAGUUUCAAGUUUGAAGGAUGAUUCAUGUCCGAAUGGGAUCCUCAAGGACAAUGAAACCGUUGUUGCCGUGAAGGUGCUUCAUUUAGUCUGUGACGGUGCUUUGAAGAGUUUCAUAGUCGAGUGCGAGGCAUCAAGGGGCAUCAAACAUCGAAAUCUUUUGAAGAUAUUAACAGUUUGCUCAAGUAGUGAUUAUCAAGGAAAUGAUUUUAAGGCCUUAUUCUAUGAAUACAUGGACAAUGCAAGCCUAGAACGGUGGCUACACCCAAAUGCAACGUCAUCUCAUGGGAAUGAACUUCCGAAAAAUUUGAACUUCAUUCGGAGGAUAAAUAUAGCCGUUGGUAUUGGUACCGCACUGAAUUAUCUUCAUCAUCAGUGCCGUGUCCCCAUUGUUCAUUGUGAUCUAAAACCUAGCAACAUCCUCUUAGAUGCUGAGAUGGUCACACAUGUUGGCGACUUUGGAUUAGCAAAAUUCCUUCUUGGAUCAUCCCUUGAUACUAUAGCUAACCAGAUGAGCUUAGUGGGUCUUAAAGGGACAAUUGGCUAUGCUCUACCAGAAUAUGCAAUGGGAUGUGAGGUUUCAAGGGAAGGUGAUGUCUAUAGUUAUAGCAUUCUCUUACUGGAGAUGUUUACUGGGUUGAGUCCCACCGAUGACACAUUUAGAGACAAUUUGACUCUUCAUAGUUUAGUCGCAAAAGCUUUGCCCGAACAAGUGCUUGAAAUUACAGACAUCGUUCUGCUUCAAGAAAGAGAUAGCCAUUUCGGCCCCUAUAGUCCUCAGCAUUGGCUUUCCGAAAGCAAUGAUAUAUUUCAAGAAUGUUUGGUUAUGGUGUAUGAUAUUGGAGUUGCUUGUUCGCAUGAAGUGCCUGGAAGACGUUUGAGCAUCCGUGGAGUUGCACAUCAGCUGCAUCAGAUUAGGGAGAAACUCUUUGCAUUGGGUUUACAUGAACAAGAUGAACUACUAACAACUUAUAUUUAG